AAAGCAAUGAAAAAGACAAUUCUAAUGAAGUAUUCAACAAGGAGGAUGAGGCUGGGGAUGAUAUAUAUUUGGAUUAUGUAUCUAAGUUGAAAUUAUUUGUGAGUCAAUCAACUGGUAGUGCAAAAUCUGCAGAUAAUACAAUAGAUCCAAAGUUGGCUAAUUUUACAAAUGGUUCAAAAAAGCAUAGUAAAUCAUUUGAAGAAACUGAAGAGGAGUGGACUAUUGAUGAUACAAGCAUAAGUGAUGCAUUUUUCCAUUUCAAGAAUUUUUCUGAAUCCAAAGCAGAUAGGUAUGAAUUGAAAUUCAAAGAUAAUCCUGGUGAAAUUCUUGCUCUAAAUUCUAUACUCCUUUUGGAGGAAAAUUCUGAUCGCGUACAAUUGGAUCUUUCAUCAGCUAUUUGCACAAAAAUUUUUGAGCAAAUAAAGGCAAUGUACCCGAAAUAUGACUUACCGAAAGUGGUUGAAGAAUUAUGUCAUUGGUGUGCUCAAGUUGCCUGA